GAAUUGAAAAUCGCUAGUCUCUUUCGCAGUGGGUAGAGGCGCUGUAACACCGCACUCUUUAUUCACGAACACCAGGAGUUCGUAACCUUUCAAGUUCACUGCCAUCUUCACUGAAUUAGUGACUUCGUUUCGUUUAGAGACAUGGGAAAGCGUGUUGCUGUAGUGUUGGCAGGCUGCGGUGUGUUUGAUGGAAGUGAAAUCCACGAGGCGUCUGCUGUUCUGGUUCAUUUGAGCCGCCAGCAAGCUACUGUCAAGAUAUUUGCACCCAACACUGAUCAGAUGCAUGUUGUCGAUCACUUGAAAGGCUCUCCAACAGAGGAAAAGAGAAAUGUGCUUGUGGAGAGUGCCAGACUUGCCCGGGGUGAUAUCCAAGACCUCUCGCAACUCGAUGUAAAGGAUCUGGAUGCCAUCAUCUUCCCAGGUGGCUUUGGAGCAGCCAAGAACCUGUGUAGCUGGGCUGUCCAGGGCAAAGACUGCUCGGUCGAUGAGCAGGUUAAAACUGUGCUGCAGGCCUUCCAUGCUGAGAAGAAGCCCAUUGGCUUAUGCUGCAUCUCACCUGUGCUGGCAGCGAAGGUUUUCCCUGGCUGUGAAGUUACUGUUGGCCAUGACAAAGAUGAUAGGUAUCCAGAUGUUCCAGACACGGCAGAAGCUAUUUCUCAGCUUGGCUGCAAGCACAUCUGUAAACAUGUGAAUGAGGCUCAUGUUGAUGAGAAAAAUAAGAUUGUCACCACCAGUGCUUUCAUGUGCAAAGCACCACUACAUGAAAUAUUUGAUGGAAUUGGAGUGAUGGUACAGGAGGUGCUGAAACUUGCCUGAAUUCUUGCAAAACAUUGUCUUUCUAAUGUUUGUAUAUAACGAUUCCACAUACAAGUGUCUGAAUAGACAUGUAUAAGUAUAUAAUUGUCUCAUUAAUAAAGUUUAGACUUUGUUACAGAUGAA